AUGAUAUGUGUAGAGUGUGGACAAAAGGGAAUCACUAAACUAUAUUCUAUCUAUAAAAGCGACUACAUCAAGCUUACGCCGUGCCCACGAUGUUUUAAAAUAUGCGACAAAUACGUUGAGUACGACUCUGUGAUACUCUUUCUUGAUUUGCUAUUAUUGAAAAAGGGGGCAUAUAGACACUUGGCCUAUAACAUCACGGAAAGCGAGAUCGAUGCUAAUCCGGAAAGUGGAUUUUUUGCCAAACACCGCUAUUUGCUCAAAUUGGCAAGUUUGAUCACAUUGCUUGAGGUUUAUUUGUCCUGGGCCACAUACGAGAAAGAGUUUAAGCAUUCCCAAGUUAUACUGCGGGUGCUUUCACAACCAUUGAUUAUACAAUAUUUGUUUUUUAUACUAGAAAUCACUGUCAAAAACAUUAUUUUUAAUGGAACAAUUUAUCUAAUAUCUAGGUAUGUGUUUCAAUUGGGAUUGAAGCUGGAUAGCCGAAUUGAGAAUAUGAAAGAUGUACGACGGACUAUUAAAUCAGAAGACGGAACACAACAUUACGUGUCGGUGCUUUUUAUAACUACUUUAGUUGCUGGCGCAAUAAAAUUAUUUCGAAUUUUAACCAUGAUUUGGCCAUUCGAUGCUUCUACGAUGAGACAAGUGCUUGAUUUGAUUAGUAUACUAUACAUCAUUGAAGCGUUGCAAAUUGUUACUCAGGAAAGCUACACGUCUGUGAUUGCUACCGUGAUUAUCGCUAAAAGUGUAGCUAGCAUAUUUGUUCAAAAGUUUGAUGAUUUUGCCGUAUCCUAUAUUUCGCUGUGA